AAAUAGUUGGUUUUGGCAAGUUAUGGAAGAAGACUAUCAAAGAAUGGAUUAGCUAGCUAGUCAGUCUUACAGCUCACUACAGCCGCCAUUGUUCAUCCCAUCCCAUUUCAUUUCAAUUACAACACAUAUAUGCUUUCAGAGGAUCUAUCAUUUCCAGAUCAACAGUUGUGUAUGAUCUACUCUACCCCCUCCUCCUCCUUCCAUCCAAUCUACGUUUCUUCUUCCAACACCCAGUAUUUCAUCUUCUUCGCCUACUGAAAGUAAUUAAGAUGCUUCCAAGGAAAAAAGCUGUUUUAUUCCUGAUUUUCGCACUAAGCUGCUGCUGCUGGCUCCAGAGGUUUGCGCAGUCCAAGUUGCCCCAAGAACAAGUUGAUACCCUCCGCACAAUUAUUUCUGCCAUGGGUUCAAAAUAUUGGAAGUUCGACAGUAAUUCGUGCCAAGUUGAAAUGGUUGGGACAACACGACAGGAACCACUUGGAUCUGAGAGCAUAGUCGAAUGCAAAUGCAACUUGGAGAAUAGUUCCUAUUGUCAUAUUGUUCGGAUUGUUCUAAAGGGUCACAAUCUACCUGGUAUCCUUCCUCCUGAAAUGGCUAAUCUUCCAUAUCUCCAAGAAGUUGACUUUGCGUACAACUACCUUGGUGGUACAUUUCCUCCUGAAUGGGCUUCCAUGAAAUUAAAGUCCAUCUCUGUUCUAGCAAACCGUCUGUCAGGGAAAAUUCCAAAGCACCUGGGAAAUAUUUCUACUCUCACAUAUCUGAAUCUUGAAGCUAACCAGUUUUCAGGCAGUGUUCCCACAGAGUUUGGGAGUCUACAUAGCUUGAAAAAUUUGCUGCUUUCUUCAAAUCGACUAAGUGGAGAGCUGCCAACUUCUUUUGCCAAGCUGAUAAAUUUAACUGAUUUUAGAAUAAAUGACAACAACUUCAGUGGGAAAAUUCCUAAUUUUAUACUAAAUUGGAAACAGCUCAUGAGACUUGAAAUCAUGGGAAGCGGAUUGGAAGGACCCAUACCAAUUGACAUAUCCCAGCUGACUAUGUUAACUGAUUUGAGGAUAGCUAACGUCCAAGGGAAAGCUCAAGCAUUCCCAGAUCUAAGCAACACCACCGGUCUAAAUAGUUUGGUUCUACGGAAUUGUAACCUUUCGGAAGAGAUACCACAAUAUAUUUGGAAAUUCAACGAACUCUACACAUUGGAUGUCAGUUUCAACAAAUUAGUAGGCAAAAUUCCGAGUGUUUUACGUGCCAAGUAUCUCAAACUUGUGUUCCUAACUGGCAACAUGCUGAGUGGAGAAAUAUCUGGCUCAAUGUUGAAGGAUGGAAUGAGUAUAGAUUUAUCCUAUAACAACUUCUCGUUGCAAAACCCUGAAGACCCUGCUUGUCGGAAAAACUUGAAUUUAAACAUAAAUCUGUACAGAAGCUCUUCUAUGGAAAAUGCUCUACAAAGUACUCUUCCAUGUACAAAAAAUUUUAAGUGCCCGAAAUAUGAAUGUUCAUUUCAUGUUAAUUGUGGUGGAGAUGAUUUAGUUGUCAAGGAAAAUUCUAGGAAGGUUUCCUAUGAAGGAGAUGCAGUUGUUGAAGGUGGUACAGCAAAAUAUUUCACAAGCUCGAGAAGUUAUUGGGGCCUCAGUAGCACUGGAGACUUCAUGGAUGAUAAUGAUGUUCAAAACACACGUUAUGUAAAAGCUGUAAAAUCGACAAAUUUAUCUGAAUUAUAUUCUACAGCACGCUUAAGCCCCAUUGCUCUCACUUACUUUGGCUAUUGCUUAGAAAAUGGGGGAUACACUGUUAGUCUGCACUUUGCAGAAAUAUUUUUCACAAACGACAACACAUCCAGCAGCCUUGGGAAGCGGAUGUUUGAUAUUUAUAUUCAGGAUACACAAGUUAAAAAGAAUUUUAAUAUCGAAGAUGAGGCAGGUGGAGCUCUGAAGCCAUUGAUCAUACAUUUCAAUGCCACUGUUAAAGAUAACACUUUGCAGAUACGCUUUUCUUGGGCUGGAAAAGGAACUACUAGAAUUCCUAAUAGAGGAGUUUAUGGCCCUUUAAUAUCAGCUAUCUCUGUGGUUCCUAAUUUUAAGACAUGCUCAGACAGAAAGAAGGGAGUUCAUAUCUACAUUAUCAUUGGCAGUGUGACAAUCUUCUUUAUUCUGUUUUUACUCUCUAUCCUUUUCUGGAAAUAUUACUUGAAGGGUGGAAAAAGGUGUAGAAAUGGCAUGGAAGGUAUACACGCUCAAAUAAGUACAUUUACCCUUAAACAAAUUAGAGCAGCUACCAAUAACUUUGAAUUAGAAAACAAGAUCGGGGAAGGUGGUUUUGGUCCUGUUUACAAGGGUCAACUGCCUGAUGGCACUGCCGUUGCUGUGAAGCAAUUAUCAUCUGUUUCAAGGCAAGGAAAUCGUGAAUUCUUGAAUGAGAUUGGUUUGAUUUCCUGCUUGCAACAUCCAAAUCUUGUUAAGCUUCAUGGAUGUUGUAUUGAAGGGGAUCAAUUGCUUUUAGUCUAUGAGUUCAUGGAGAAUAACAGCCUUGCUCGGGUUCUCUUUGGUGAUGGUGCUGUACUUGAUUGGCCAAUGAGGCUUAAUAUCUGUAUUGGAAUUGCUAAAGGUCUAGCAUUCUUACACGAUGAGUCGAGACUGAAGAUCGUUCAUAGAGACAUUAAAGCCACCAAUAUCCUGCUUGAUAGAAACUUAAAUCCCAAGAUCUCAGACUUUGGAUUGGCUAGACUUGAAGAAGAAGAUAAGACCCAUGUCAGCACUCAAGUUGCUGGAACCAGAGGUUAUAUGGCACCAGAGUACGCCCUUUGGGGUCACUUGUCAUACAAGGCAGAUGUCUACAGCUAUGGAGUCGUGCUUCUUGAAAUCGUCCACGGAAAGAGCAACAACAGUUUUAUGGCUAGUGACAACACUUUUUUGUGCCUAAUAGAAUGGGCCAUUCAUGUCAUACAAAAUGGGAACAUUGUUGAUCUUAUUGAUGAGAAACUUGGGUCUGAAGUUAACAAGGAAGAAGUCGAAAGGGUGAUUAAAGUAGCUAUAUUGUGCACAAAUGGAUCUCCAUCAUCGAGGCCUACAAUGUCCGAGGUGACGAGUAUGCUCGAAGGUCAGAUGGAUAUUCCAGACAUAAACCAAGAACAGCAUUCUUACACGGACGAUCUAAGAUUCAGUGCUAUAAGAGAUAUUCGACGCUUCAGCGAAAGCCAAAACAUGAAUUCAAAAACAAUCAUGCGAUCAGAAGUUAGCGAUUCCUGUGAAAACAUCACUGAGAUCGCAGAAGAUAUCUCAAUCCGCAGCCAUUGAUCAUAUUGAUGAAUCGAGUUU